AUGAGCGCGGCCGUGGAGGACGCCGUCUUGCCGUCCAUCGCCACCUUUGCCGGCUUAGUGCCGGUGGGUGAGAGGCCGCCCGAGAUGGUCCAGAGGCUGACGGCGCCUCACUUGGAGGCCAUCAAGAGGGAAGCCGAGGAGCUGGGCCACUUCGUGGACUUGGACUUCAUCUUGGCCCACACCACCACCCCCAGCAACGGGGGCCCGCCCGGCGGCGGCGGCGGCGGCGCGGCCCCCCACCCCAACUACCCCCUGCCCGAGACGCCCGAGAGCUGCGGCACCACCUACGACAGCGACGGCUCCAGCUACCCGCCCGCCGGCAAGUUCGCGGCGCCCUACGCGCCCAGCCCCGGCCACAGCUACAUGGCCGAGCUCUUCACGCCGGACCUGCAGCAGCAGCAGCAGCAGGCGUCGUCGUCGUCGUCGCGGCCCUGCGACCUCCAGCCGCGCGAGUACACCGAGCUGCGCGCCCCGGCCUUGGCCCACCACUCUCGGGCCCUGCCCCUCGAGCACCUGCGCGUCAAGCAGGAGCCCGUGGACGGCCACGCCUGCAUGCUGCGCGGGCCCCGCGACUGCCUGGGGCCCGCCCCCCUGGACCACAAGCCGCCCCUGGGCCAGCUCCACCCCCACCCCCAGCAGCAGCCCCAGCAGCUGGCCCACGGGCCCCUGGCCGCCUUCCCCGCCGAGCCGCUGGCCGACGUCCUGCACGCGCACCUGGGGGGCCCCCCGCCGGCCUUCGCGCGCCCGCCCCACCCCUUCCCGCCCCACUUCGGCGGCGGGCAGCUGCAGCCCCAGUUCCAUGGACACUUCAGCGUCUUCCGGGAGCCCCUGGGCGGCCCCCCCCACCAGGGCCUGCACGGCCUGCUGGUCACGCCGCCCAACUCGCCCGUCUUGGAUUACUACCCCCCCGGGGGGGGCCCCGAGGGCGGCGGCGGCAGUGGCAAGGCCAAGCGGGGCCGGCGCUCCUGGGCUCGCAAGCGCACCGCCACCCACAACUGCGAGUACCCGGGCUGCGGCAAGACCUACACCAAAAGCUCCCACCUCAAGGCCCACAUGCGGACGCACACCGGUGAGAAGCCUUAUCACUGUAACUGGGAAGGCUGUGGCUGGAAAUUUGCAAGAUCUGAUGAACUAACACGCCAUUACCGGAAACAUACCGGCCACCGGCCUUUCCAGUGCCAUCUCUGUGAGCGUGCCUUCUCCCGAUCAGAUCAUCUGGCUCUGCACAUGAAGAGGCAUAUGUGAAGCUUGGCUCGUUUCCAGAGUCACG